AUGGACCUGGGCGGCGACGUUGACUACCAUGAACUGGAGCGCAGGCAGGGUGAGAUGGCAACCGCCAGAGGCUAUGGCAAGCCUGAGGUCGGAAUAGCGCACAGGACCGACAUCUCCUACGACAAGGACAGCAGUGUCUUCAGGGAAUGGAAAGAUCAGUCCCUGUGGGCUGGCCUUCCCGACGUGGACAAGGUCUACUACAACCCCAACAUCGACGACCAUACCUUAUGGCGUCCUCGCUGCGACAUCUUCGAAGAGGAGCAGGGCAGGCUGCGCGUGGAGUUCGAACUGCCAGGCGUUCCGAGGGAGGACAUACACCUGUCGAUCAAGGACAACCUGCUCACGCUCAGCGCCCUGAAGCCGCAAACGAGGAGGGAGGAGGGAGGGUUCUACCAUCAGACGGAGAGGCACUUCGGCCGCUUCUACCGUCGCAUUCUCCUGCCGUACAACGUGGAUGCGGACAACGUCAAAGCUCACAUGGAUGGCGGUGUGCUCAAGGUCCAUCUCUACAUUCGCGGCAGAGUGAGAAUCGAAGAGGAGGGCUAUCCGGCGCUGCAGACUGACGCCGACACCACUGCAGGCGCCCAAACGUGA